AUGUCGAUCGCUGCUCCCGAACUCUUCAUACUGCUGCACCAAACACAGGCCACCUACGAGGUUUCCUGCGGUAUGCAGUCAAAUGUUGAACUCAUAUUAGCUCUCAAGGCUCGUCUAGGCGUACUCGGCCUUGGCUAUAGGUUCGGAUGGUUGUUGGGCCGCCCGCAAUUACAUGUGAGUAUACUAUCGGAAUCCCUUCAUCUUAACGCCGAGACUGAUGCGGAUAUGGCUGUAGCCAGGAGAGGUGAUAGGAAGAGGAUUCCGGCAAGCAAGAAGCUUGAGGUAGCAGAACCUGCUAAGCUCAACGCUGACACAAACACAGAGACUAACGCGGAUUUGGCCGAAGUACCUGGGUUAGUAUGA